AUGAAGAGGGGCUUAGACAUUGUAUGGAAUGCCAUAGCUCCUCAGCACGAGGUUUUUGAAGUUGAUGUGGGUGACCUCCAUCGGAAAAUUACGGAAACAGUGUUCCGAUUGUAUGUGAGCGAUGGCGGCCGUUACUACAGGAGUGAAAUAGCCAAGAGUGGAGAGCCAAUGAUUCCACGAACGUGUGGAACUGUGAUUUCAGAGCCAUUAUCAGCAGAUGAGAUUAUAGAGCUAGAGUGCAAAGCCGCUUGCUACGCUGAUCAGUAUCUACGUAUCUUUCGGAGUUACCAGAUGGAUGCCCUUAUCACUGCACCCUCUCCAAACCCAGCAGCUCCCCAUUCAAGGUAUUCCACAUCCUCCUUGGCUGCUGUUUACAACUGUUUGGGGUAUCCUGCUGGAAUUAUACCUGUUGCCAAAGUUGAUCUGACAAAAGACCGGCCAACUCCAUCCCCAAGAAUCAUCCAGGAUCUUCGUGUAAAAGGUUACCCAUACGAUUUUUUUGAUGGCUAUAUCAAAAAAGAGCUGACGAGGAGCUACUGCAAAUUAUGA